GAGCGCGAUGCCAGCUACCUACCUCCUGCUGAUUAUCAGCCCCAAAUUCAAGAUGUUGCCUCCGACCUUGGCUGCCCCCUCCACCCCUGCCAGGCACGAGCACCGGGAUCCGUUCCGCGGACACUUAGGACGGCAGUGGCGUCCACUUAUCGACAACGGCGGCUGGAGGGGCGCAUUUUAUUUAGUACGACGGCGUCUUUGGAGCGCAGCUUCAACCAAUUCACGUCGUGAUUUGCAUGUUGUUUUCUGUAGAGGCUGCGUGACACAAAAGAGAUGGAGACAGACUCGUGCCUCUCAAUAACAAAAAGAGCUGGCUGUUUGGCUGUGCCGACAUUUGCAUCGCCACGCACCGUUCCUCAACUCUAUGAUUUGGC